UGCCGUCCUCAUUCUCUUAACUAUUGUGCGUAUUUCAUUCCCAUGCCCUACUCAUUCAUCUCGUCCAUGAUUUACAUUUUCCUAUGUGCAAAUUGUGGUUCAGCCAUCUAUCACCGUCAACAAUCUAGAGAUCCCGAAGCCAGUGUCGAUCUAGUCGAUCUACCUUAAACUCGUCUUCAUAAUCAACUUCGCACCUCGCAGCAUUCAGAUCGGGUAUGCAUCGAUCUGUGCUUCUUCAUGUGCAAAUUAGGCUUUGAUCCUCCUCCUCAUAAUCGAUUUGAUCGCGAACGAAGCCCAACUUCUGGACUAUUAAGCUUAGGCCCAGAGGUGGAGUCAGGCCCAUUUAGAGACUAGCUACGCAAUCAGUUUCCUUCCAAUUCCAUGACUCUGCAGAGCAUCGCUGGCUUUCCUUCUCCCUUCCCUGAGCGCGCAAGGGGUGGCUGGUAAAGCUGCGUGUAAUUGUAAAGCUAACUUUACUAACCUUCCUGCCAAGCGAAUAGUAUAGUAGUAAUGGUCUAUUUAGUUUCCAUGCCUCUUUCACUGCACAUAAGUGAUGGCGUAUUCGUUGGUGUCGAAUUGGGCAAUCUAAGUUGAAUAUCUUGUCCACCCAAGCUGGAUUUUUCAAAAUAGAUCCACUGAUGUUUAUGAUAAUGCAAGGUUUUUGGCUGCCCCUGUUUGGGCGAAGGUGAAGAAGGACAACGGUGAGCCGCGAAUAAAUGAAGAAAUCACUGCUCAUUUUAUCAGGCUUGUUGUUGGUGAUGGUAAAUAUAUUACUCGUCCUCAUAUUCGCUAAGGACAUUCAAUUGUUUUGAGGCUUGAAGCACUGCAACGCACUAGGAGGCUCAAGCUUGAUUUGGUGGAGAGUUGAGUUUGAGAAAAAGGGGUGGCAAGGAAAUGUGCUUUUUCACAAAUGCUGAAUUAUAAGACCUGAAGAUGAAAGCAGAUGUGGUUAAAAAAAUAAUGGAGAAGGGCUACCCAGUGAAGGUCAUUUGAUCUAAAUUAUGAUGUGCGAUGCUAUUUCCAUAUCUCCCCACUCAGAAGUUGACACCGGAGCGUAAAAAACCCAGUAAACAACGUCUUGCCAAUAUCUGCAUUGUCAAAUCCAUCCUCAAAGCUUCCUCCAUUGGUCAAAUUUCACAAGCUGUUUCUUCUUUGGACCUCUUAGUUAUCAAAGGCAUUCGCUUACCAUCCCGCAUUCUCGCACAUCUCUUACAGCAGUGUGCAGAGACUAAGUCUUUCAGAGAGGGCAAACUAGUUCAUCUUCAUCUGAAGCUGACUGGUCUGAAACGACCCACAACCUUUUUAGCUAACCAUUUAAUAUAUAUGUACUUCAGGUGUGGGCAUCACAUAGAAGCAUGCAAAGUGUUCAAUAAAAUGGAGGUGAGAAAUCUGUACUCAUGGAAUAGUAUGCUUUCUGGGUAUGUUAAAUUAGGGAUGAUAAAUCAAGCUAGAAGAUGGUUCGAUGAAAUGCCUGAGAGGGAUUGUAUAUCUUGGAAUACAAUGGUCAUUGGUUAUGCACAGAAUGGGAACUUUGAUGAGGCUUUGGGGUUUUAUAGACAGUUGAGAAGAUUGUCUAUAGGCUAUAAUGAAUUUAGUUUUGCAGGUGUCUUGACCGCCUGUGUGAAAUUGAAAGAAUUUGAACUUUCAAGGCAGAUCCAUGGGCAAGUUUUAGUUGCUGGAUUUUCAUCCAAUGUGGUUAUAUCAAGUUCACUUCUUGAUGCAUAUGCAAAGUGUGGUGAAAUGGAAGAUGCUAGGAGGUUAUUUGAUGAAAUGCCCCUCAAGGAUGUUUUUGUGUGGACUACAUUAGUUUCAGGUUAUGCCAAUCAGGGGGAUAUGCAAUCAGCUACUGAACUUUUCCAUCAGAUGCCUCAAAAGAAUUCUAUUUCAUGGACAUCUUUGAUUGGCGGUUAUGCCAAAUUGGGUUUGGGUCAUGAAGCACUUGAAGUUUUUAGAAAGAUGAUCAUGCAUCAUGUUAAACCAGAUCAAUUUACAUACAGUAGCUGUCUAUCUGCUUGUUCAAUCAGCGCUUCAUUCAAACUCGGGAAACAAAUACAUGCUCAUCUAGUUCGAAAUAACAUCAGAAUUAAUAAUAUUGUUGUUAAUGGUAUUAUUGACAUGUACUCAAAAUGUGGCAGCAUGGAAAAUGCCAAGACAAUAUUCCAUGUCAUGGGAGAUAAGCAAGAUGUGGUGAUUUGGAACACCAUGAUUGCUGCACUAGCUCACCAUGGUUAUGGUAUGGAAGCAAUUUUGUUGCUGAAAGAACUGCUAACAUCGGGGGUGAAACCAAACAGGGUCACUUUUGUUGUCAUUCUAAAUGCAUGCAGUCAUUCAGGUCUUGUGCAAGAAGGAAUUGAGUUUUUCAAUUCCAUGAAUCGUGAUCAUGCUUUAGUUCCAGACGAAGAACACUAUGCAUGUCUUAUUGAUCUUUUGGGGCGAGCUGGAUGUUUCAAUGAAUUGAUGAAGCAUCUUCAGAAGAUGGAUUGUAAACCAGGCGAACAUGUUUUGAAUGCGUUGCUUGGUGUGUGUAGAAUUCAUGGAAAUAUAGACAUAGGAAGAGAAGCAGCCGAACACCUUAUUGAAUUGGAGCCUAAAUCUUCUGCCGCCUAUGUUAUGCUUUCAAGUGUAUAUGCUGUACUUGGAAAAUGGGAAUUGGUGGAGAAAGUAAGACAGCUUAUGGAUGAGAGACGUGUGAAAAAAGAACUGGCCAUUAGUUGGAUUGAAAUUGACAAUGAGGUCCAUGCUUUUACUGUAUCUGAUAUAUCACACCCUCUGAAGGAAACCAUAUACUUAGUUUUGGGGCACUUGAGUAACCAGAUGGAAGACAAUGUCUCGUUACCAAAGAUUCCUUUGUGAAAGUCAGUGAUCUUUUUAAUCAGUAGGUCAUUUUCUGGAAGAAGAGUUCCCUUAACGUUAUUCUUUUCUUUAUUGAUACCAGAUUUUGUAGCACCAAACCUCACAUAGGUGAUAGGCCUUUGAUCGAGACACAAAUAAGUCUUCACAUUGACAUACUCAAAAGACCUUGCCUUUAGGGAAAAAGAGCGAGGGAUGGAGGGGAAGGGAAUUAAUGUAGGGAAGGCUUGUAGAUUUCACGAAAGCUGUUAUGCUUCCUUUUAUUCCCAAAUUUUUUGUGUAUUUUUCUUUCAAAUGAUGAGGUAAAUUUCAAGAAGUUAGUGCAUCAUUUUCCCCCCUUUCCCAGGAAAUAAACAUUAGCUUAAGAGAGGUUGUAUUAGUUGGUAGCACCACAGGAUUUGCUAUUUUCAAACUGGAAUAGAAAUAUUUGACUGUUAUUA